UAUUCCGUACACCACCUCAUAUAAUACAGCAAUAAUAUUAUUAAUAUAUUUGAUUUUUAGUUAUGCUUGUCCAUUGUCACGUUAUCACUUCAUCGCGGCGCGCCACUGCGUUUUGUUUUUCGAAUAUUUUUCCAUACAUUUUUUUGGAUAAGCGAGAAAUAUCGUACAAUCUUAUUCCGUCAAAGGCACAAAGUGUUUGACUGUAGUUCAGUCAGUUCGUCGUGGUUGCCUUAAUGCAGGCAAUCCGAGACCCGAGUUCGACUUUUGUUGUUUGUAAGUCGUUCUCGAUCGUCGUGCAGCUGACAGACGACGGAUUUUAUUCGCGCGUAGUGUAGAUCGAACCAUCGAACAUCUGAGUUUCAUAUAAUAAAUCGUCAAUCGUUCCACCACACUGUUGUUAUUAAAGUAUAACAAUCGGCUAUCACGCGCUAUCGUUGCAAUUGACCUCUGUUCUCCUCUACCUAUUAUUUUUUUUUUUUGAUCCUUAGUUCAAGUUACGUUCGUACGCCGACCCUUUACGUCGUAACGAUACUGCGAUGGCCGACAUAGAUCGGAAACUGAAAUCCACGGUCACCGACCUAUCCGGUAAGAGUUGGGCCGAUCUGUGUGACAGUUCGCAAUCGUCGCAGUCACAGACGGACAUUGAUUCGCCACUUAAGCUCGACGCCGAGGUGAAGGCGAAGAAUGGYGAUGACGAGGACGAGCUGUACGAUUUGGUUUUCAAGCCAGUCAAAAAAGAGUUAGUCAAAACCCAGGAUGACCUCAGUUUGUCAGCUUUCAUGAACAAUGUACACAUGGUAACGCCGAUUAAACAGGAAUUAGAUGAUAAGCCACAGACGUUCGAUGAAGACACAAUUUGUAGCCCAUUUGUAAAGCAAGAGCAAAUUGAUACACUAGACAUCAAACCCAAAGAGCCGGUUUGUAAAGAAGAAAAUCUCAAGAAGGAUUUACAGCAUGCUAAAAGAAGAUUGACUUCAGAGUCCGAGUCAGUGGUUACUGAUCCUGUUUCACCUGAGCGAGUCAACAAAGUUAACAAAAAAUCAACUGAGCAUACAAAUAUACAUGAUUCUCUUGCAAGCCCCAAAGUUAAAUUGGAACGUGAAACAGACCCUUUAAUUUUAUCAAGAAGACAAAAGCAAAUAGAUUUUGGUAAAAAUACUAUUGGAUACGUCAAGUAUCUGGAACAAGUUCCUAAACAUAAACGUAAAAAGAGGCAUCCUAAAACUCCUCCGAAAAAUUUGAAAUAUACUAGACGAGCCUGGGAUGGAUUAAUUAAAAACUGGAGGGUUAAGUUACAUUUAUGGGAUCCUGAUAGGAGACACAAUGAUGAUGAUGAUGCUCUGACCACGGGUUCAAGUUCAAAUUUGUGUUCACUUGGAUCAAUGACUAGUUUGGAAUCUAGUUCACAGGCUUCAGAUUCGAGGGCAUCAACCCCACCUCCAAGCUUGUCUGAAGAUUCAUCACAACAUGAACGAGGAARCCAAGAUGUUCCAACUCCUAAUCAAAUGAAGUUUAAAAAAUCAAAAGCUGAUAAAAAUUAAUAUAUCUUUAUAUUUUUACAUUUUACAACCAUAACAUUUAUUGACUAUUCAUUAUAGUAUUUUUGGAAAUCUGUAGGUGUUUUAUAUAUAUUGUAUUUAAUUCUAAAAUAUUUAUUUCUCUAAAGCUGUGUUAAAUUUUUUUUUUCUAUUCAGUAAAAACUAAGAAUGUAUUAAAUAUGUUUAUUAAUGGAUACGGCUAUCUUAUUUUGAUAACUAUAUAUUUAAUAAAAAAUAUUAGUUACUUAAUUUGAUUUUAUAUAUGACUAUCUAUGUUUAUGUAAAUAAUUUUUUUUAUACUUUUGUAAUAAUAUUCUUAUUGAGUCAGUUUUACAACUAUAAGCUAUGUGUACCAUUUUCAUUGAUUAUAACCUUGUUAAAACAAUUGAAGGCUUUCAUAACAUUAUAUUUUGUACCAAUUUAUAACAAUUUCGAAUUUAUAAUGUAUAUUUAUUACUUUUAUUAUUUUAUUACUAUAGACAGAUUAAUAAUUAAAUCUCCAAUAUACUUAAACUACAUCUGUACUGAAUGAAUUUUUUUUUAAAGUGAAUUAGAUCUAUGACCUAUGUCAUGAAAUAUUGAAAACUGUAUAAUGAAUAAUGAUACUCUAAUAAUUACCAAUCUAUUAUUAGGAAUACAAUCAAAAUGUUGUAUAUUAUGCAUGCUAUAGACCAGCGUUUCCCAACCUUUUUCCCUCGCGGCACCCUAAUCCCAACCCAUAUUUAGCCGCGGCACACUCUUCACUGACUUAUAUAAUAUGUAUACAUAUUUUUUUUUUAUACCAGACUUUCAUCAUAUUAAAUAUUAAUAGCGAAUUAGUUGUAUAUCAGUAUAAUAUUACUAACAAUCAGUUUAAAAUGGUAAGAUAGGAAGAAAUAUUAUUAUAAUUAUCCUAAAUAUUUAAUUCAUUGAAAUGUAAAAACAAGAUACAUUACAAUCACACUAAUCACAGCAGACAACAAACGACUAACUGACUAAUAUUUUUAAUUAUUUAAUAAGAAAUAGUGAACAAAAUCCCCGAUAAGAGAAUCGUUAAAACUAUUUUAAUCAACUACCGAAAUUUUACAUAAAUGUUUAUUAAUAACUGAAAUUUCGCGGCACACCAAUAAGGACCUCGCGGUACACCGGAUGGGAAACGCUGCUGUAGACUGUAGAAUACGCUCUAUGCUCAAACUUUGAAAUUUCUAUGUUAAUUAAGUUUCAUAUUUAAGUUACAUUUUUAAGCUGUAUCAGUAAAUAUAGAACUUGAAAUAAAUUCUAACAUGCCUCGUUA